AGUAUUAACUUCUUGAAAGGGCGAGAAUUCCACAUAUAUGUGUUUCCUUCCUCCCAAUUUUCCCCUACACAAUCUCCCAAAUCAUGAACCCUAAUUCAGCAAAUUGACGACACUCAAAAUCCCGACUAUUCUUUGCCUUCUCAUUCAGAUCUAUACGUUUAUUAAUUGUACAAACAAAUGGAUGGGAACAAAGACGACGCGUUGAAAUGCUUGAAAAUCGGUAAGGACGCACUGCAAUCCGGUGAUCCAACUCGUGCUUUAAAGUUCAUCAACAAAGCUAGCCGCCUCGAUCCUACUCUCCCCGUGGACGAUCUCUUAUCGUCAAUAGAGAAGGAUUCUUCUUCUGAUCAAACUGCUGCGAGUACUAAUGGGCCCACCAGCACCACAACCAAUGAAUCUAAAGUUCGCCACCGUGUUCCCUCAACUGGGUCGUCUUCAUCUGCCUCUGCCACUGCCUCAUCGUCCUCAGCCACGUAUACGGAGGAGCAAAUCACGAUCGUGAGGCAAAUCAAGAAGAAGAAGGAUUACUAUGACAUUUUGGGAUUGGAGAAAACUUGCUCUGUUGAAGAUGUUCGAAAAGCUUAUCGGAAAUUAUCCCUUAAAGUCCAUCCGGAUAAGAACAAGGCUCCUGGAGCUGAAGAAACUUUUAAAGCUGUCUCCAAGGCAUUCCAGUGUCUUAGCAAUGAAGAAAGCCGGAAGAAGUAUGAUCUGACUGGGAGUGACGAGCCUGUUUAUGAGAGACGCGCUCCAAGGCAUCAUGGAGGGCAGGGAGGAUACAAUGGGUAUCAUGAUGAUUUUGAUCCGGACGAGAUUUUCAGGCAAUUCUUCUUUGGUGGAAUGCCACCUGCGACUACCCAAUUCAGAAGUUUCAAUUUUGGGAGAGGCAUGGGGCCGAGAACAGGUGAUAAUGCAUCUGGGUUUAACUUGCGUGCAUUGAUUCAGUUGCUGCCUGUUCUCGUCAUCUUGCUUUUGAACUUUUUGCCGUCUUCAGAGCCAAUUUACUCGCUUUCCAGGUCAUAUCCUUAUGAAUACAGGUUCACUACUCAGAAAGGGGUUAAUUUUUAUGUGAAGAAUACCAAAUUUGAGCACGAUUAUGCACCAGGUAGCCAGGAAAGGGCAACACUGGAAGGGAAAGUGGAAAGGGAUUAUAUGUCUACUCUUGCACAGAAUUGCAGGUUUGAGUUGCAGAGGCAGCAGUGGGGUUUUAUAAGGGAGACUCCUCAUUGUGAAAUGUUGCAGCAGUUUCAGUCUGGGGCCUCGGCGGCCUGAUGAAUUGGAAUUGAGAUGCUCAUCUGGUACAACUGGAUCAAAUAUAAUUUUGAAGAAGACAUGGAGCAUUUGGAAUUUAAUAAUUUAUGGAGGAAAUGGAGGAUAAUAAUUGUGAUUUUUAUAUUCAAUAUUAUCAAAUCUGGAUCUUCUAUGUACUUUUCUUUCCCCUAGCACAUGUGUGGUGCUACAAACUUCUGGUCUCUUGUACAUGCUCUCCGAGUCUCCUUAGAAUAGCUUGUGUCAUAACUUGAGUUUUACUUUGUCUUUAGCAAUUGUUUUGAGUUCCUACUGGAUCGUGCAAAUUCCAGCUUAAUUAGACCAUCUAUAUUAGGUUUCUCAUUUGUCCACUAUGUUCUGUGAUACCUUCUACUCUUAUGAAUCCAUGAUGUUUUCAGA